AUUAUCGAGAUAAGAUGUCAUACCCAGUGCAGGACCCACUCACACACUAACUAUCUCUCUCACACACACAAAGGUUUUACAGCGGGGCUGUAUGUUGUUACACUGAGUUGAAUUCAGGACAGAGGCAUGGCUACAGGCUUCUAUACAGCCCAGGUUUUAAAGGAGUUAACCCCUUCUCAGUGUAGAAAAAUAGACUUUUGUAAACAUCAUCAGAUCUCUAUCAACCCAAAUCAGAAAUAGUACCUGAAUUUGGUCUGGACGUCAUUCUGCGGCUAUAAUGUUGUUUCCUGAUGUUGAUCCCGGAACUAAUUACACUAGUGAAUUGGAUUUACUUUGGAUUACAGUCAACAGCAGCCAGAGACCGCAAUUUACUAGAAUUUCAACAUGAGGUUAGAACAAGUGUUAAGGACUUUUUUACUCACUGGCUGGUGUUUCCAUUAUGCUAGUAAUGACUUUUUGGACUUGAAUGAAUACUCUGAAGUUGGGCAGCAGGAUGAGCAACAUAAAACUAUCCCAGAAUCUAAGGAAAAGGUUCCAAAAAAGAAAAACCGGACUCCUAGGGAUGUUCCAGACAUGCAGAUGGAGACAAACUGGAAUGUACCCGAUAUAAACCACGGAACCUAUGAGGAUGCCGACUGGCAUCCAUCUUCCUCCAUCCUGGAAACAUAUUCUGACCUGAAUCCUGAUGCCCCAAACGUCAUAAAGAUUGAGGGUUUUGAUGUCAUCAAUGGGACCACCAACCAAACUUUGAACCAGACACAAUGUGGUGAGUACAGCAGCCAGCUGACACCAAAUGGACAAUGUCGGCUGAUGGCAACUCUGCCUCAGGUAGGAUCGACAGAAAAACGUUGUCCGGACAUGUUUCGCUGCACAGAUGAGAUUUCAUUCUGGCUUCAAGAGAACCAGAACAGAAAGGAGCAGCUUGAGGAGCUGAGGGAGACAAUGUCUGAGCUGCAAGAGGAGGUUAGGAACCACCGACAUCGAGUCAAGGCCCUGGAAAUCCAGGGUGAAGACAGCAUCAGACUCAACUCAACGUUGGGCCAUCGCUUGAAUUUCUUGGAGCUGCGCCAUGCAGAGGCCGACACUCUGCUCCAAGUUCAUGCAGCGCUGCUUUACGAGCUCCAGACACAGCUUCGAAACCUGUCAGCCACCAUGCAGCACAUGAGUCACAACAGUGGCUGCACUAUCAAUGUGAUUGAGACUACUCCGCCCCUCAGCAUGAGAAACACUCUGGCACCAGGUGGACAGCACCUGUCCUACUGUCCAUCAGACUGUACUUCUCUGUAUCACAAUGGCGUUCGCCGUUCAGGAGUUUACACCAUUGUCAUGUCACCAGGCACCACUUUUCCUGUGUACUGCGACAUGGAGACAGAUGGUGGUGGCUGGACUGUAUUUCAGCGCAGGCGUGACGGCUUAGUGAACUUUAACCGAGGCUGGGCUGAAUACAGAGAUGGCUUCGGUGAACCACGAGGAGAACACUGGCUAGGAAACCAUCAGGUUCACCUGUUGUCCAACCAGGGUCACUACAGCCUCCGCAUUGACAUGCAGGACUGGAGCCACGCCCACAGGCACGCCCUCUAUCAGUCUUUCAGGAUAGAUGAUGAAGAGAACCAGUAUCGCCUCCAUGUUUCAGGUUUCAGUGGGACAGUGGAGGAUUCCUUUGGUUGGUAUCAUGACCAACAUGGGUUCAGCACACCUGACACAGGCAACAUCUGUGCUGAGAUCAGCCAUGCAGGCUGGUGGUUCCACCAGUGUUUCUACGCCAACCUUAAUGGAGUUUACUACAAGGGUGGCCGGUACUCUUUAAAAGCUCACAACCUGCUGGGACCAGAUGGCAUCGUCUGGUUUUCCUGGAAGGACUCAGACUUCUACUCUCUGAAGGCAGUCACCAUGAUGAUCCGUCCACGAAAUUUCAGACGUCUGUCGCCAUAGUGACGGGACAUUUUCACUGAAGCUUUUUAAGAGAACUGCCAACAGUGUUGUUGGCACAAUAUAUAUUUUCACUUAUAAAACAAAAAAAUCCCCUGCCAAGCUUUGCUUUUUCCUACAAGAUUAUUUCUUCUUUAAAGGCAGCAGAAUGUUCAGAUUUAAAUACAAACCCUUUCUUACAAGCUUGAGCUAAAUGAACAAAUCAGAUACAGUGAUAUGUAUAAUUAGUUUGUUGUUUUUAAUUGAAGCAGGGUAAAAAAAAAUUAAGUGUAACUGGGAUUUCUGUAUACAAUACUAAAAACAUGAAACUUCAUGAAAGCUAAGCUAAAAUACUGAAACUGAGGUUAAAACAGUUUCAUUAAAAUGUUUUGUUAUUCCAAUUGCUCAACAUGUCUUGUUUUACUAAAUCCCCAACAUACCU